AACAUUGGGGGGGGGGCUGCAAUUGCUUAAUGUGUGUGUGUGUGCUUAUGUGCGGCUUGUGGGGGGGAGAAGUGUGUCCCCACUGUGAAGUUGUCUCCGUUGUGUGUUAGUCAGGGCCUGAAGCGGGUCCAGUUUUGCUGUCCUUGAGGAUCUUCAGGAUGCUGACCACCAAGACGAUCAUAUGGGCAAUACUGAUUUGCAUCCCUGCAAGCAAGCUGGCAAGUGGUGACACCUGCCAGGGUCCCACCCUCAUUCCUGGCAUUCCUGGCAUGCCAGGGGCUCCGGGCACCAAUGGCCAAGAUGGAGACGAUGGGAUCAAGGGAGAACGAGGUCCUCCUGGGAGGGUUGAAGACUACAGAGAUGUUGGAGAACGAGGAGAACCGGGGGAACCUGGUUAUCCAGGGAAGGUGGGUCCCCGAGGAGAAGCAGGUUCCAAAGGGCCUCCUGGAGCCCCUGGUCCUCGUGGGCCACCGGGCGAUUCUGGUGACUACAAGACCUCCCUGAAAUCAGCCUUCUCAGCAGUUCGAAGUAUCUCCAUGACACCGCGGCGAGGGCAGCCCGUCCGCUUCGACCGUGUCAUCACCGAUGUAAACAGGAACUACGAGAACCGCUAUGGCCGCUUCACCUGCCAGAUCCCAGGGAUCUACUAUUUCACCUACCAUGUCAGCUCACGUGGGAACCUCUGUAUCCACCUUAAAAAAGGCCGUGGCAAUGAGCGAGGGGAGAGAGUGGUGGCCUUCUGCGACUUUGUCUACAAUGCCUUCCAAGUCACUACAGGCGGCGUGGUCCUCCGCCUGACCCAAGGUGAGUCGGUCUGGCUGGAGCCAACGGAGAAGAACUCCCUCAUUGGGGGCACUGAAGGAGCUGACAGCAUCUUCUCAGGGUUCUUGCUCUUCCCAGAUAGCUAAAGCAGCUCUGGAAGACUUUCUGCUCAGCUUUGCCACCUAUGGUCCAGCAGGUCUAGGGAAAUGCCAGUCUAUGUUGGCACUUGGGGCCCACAUAAAGUGCCAGACCUCCCUGCCUCUUAGCAAACCAUUAGACCCCAAGGAGUGUCCAUCCUCAUAUACUUUUGACCAUCAUCUUUUCUUGUUAAAUAAAAGUUUUCUGUGCUCUUUGUGGAAACAAAUAAAUAUCCAUUUACACUUUUAA